UUUUGUAGGUUAGGUAGCGAAGAAGAUGACAGUUCCCGGAGAGAGUUAGGAAACGUGGCCUUAUGAGAAAAAAGAACCAAUAUUGAUGUCAAACAGGUAGUGUUUGCGAACUCAUCGACUACCCUCGCAUUGCUCGGGUGAGCACACCAGCUUUCAUAGUUUUCCGACGCUUGACAUUACAGCAAAAAUGGCAGAUGUCGACCAAGGAUCGGCAGCCCCGACUGAAACUUCACCGGCUCUGGACAGCUUGAAUGCUACCGACACAAAUGGAACCGAUGCCGUCAAUGCUACAGUGGCCAAGUUCGUUGCAACACCCGAAGGCACAGCGUUGGCAUAUGGCAGCCUUGUAUUCAUGGCCCUGCUGCCAAUCUUCUUUGGUGCGCUGCGCUCUGUCACCUGCUCAAAGAGCAAGGUUGCCGGCGAAAAUGGUUACGAGUACCGAAACUCCUCAGACAUGCCUGAGACCAUCACAAGCAGAGAUGCCGCACGCUUUCCCAUCAUAGCCAGCUGCACCCUCUUUGGCUUGUAUCUCUUCUUCAAGAUUUUCUCACAAGAGUAUAUUAACUUGCUGCUAUCAAUGUACUUCUUUGUGCUGGGGAUCCUGGCUCUGUCUCACACCAUGAGUCCUUUCAUGAACAGAGUGGUCCCAGCUAGCGUGCCCAAUAAGCAAUAUCAGCUCCUCUUCACCCAGGGCACGGGGGAGAGCAAAGAGGAGAUUGUCAACUAUGAGUUUGACACCAGGGAUCUCUUCUGUCUGGCUAUCAGCGCCGUUGUUGGGGUCUGGUACGUCCUCAAAAAGCACUGGGUGGCCAAUAACCUGUUUGGACUGGCCUUUGCUCUGAAUGGUGUUGAGCUGCUUCACCUGAAUAAUGUCAGCACAGGCUGCAUCCUUUUGGGAGGCCUGUUUGUCUAUGACGUCUUUUGGGUUUUUGGCACAAAUGUCAUGGUUACAGUGGCCAAGUCCUUUGAGGCACCCAUCAAGUUGGUCUUCCCUCAGGACCUCCUGGAGAGAGGACUGGACGCCAGUAACUUUGCCAUGCUCGGCCUGGGCGAUAUCGUCAUCCCAGGCAUCUUUAUUGCAUUGCUGCUUCGUUUUGAUGUUAGUUUAAAGAAGAACUCCAGGACCUACUUCUAUACUAGUUUCCUGGCUUACAUCUUUGGUCUGGGCCUCACCAUUUUUGUCAUGCAUACUUAUAAACAUGCCCAGCCUGCCCUCUUGUACCUGGUGCCAGCCUGCGUGGGAUUCCCAGUGGUGGUGGCCUUGCUUAAAGGAGAAUUGACAGACAUGUUCAGGUACGAGGAAGUUACCCCGGAGACGGAGGGCGCCGCAAAAGAGGAGUCGACAGAGACCGAGAAGAAGGACCAAUAACCGUGACGACGGCUGACGCCCUCCCCACCACCCCCACCCUCCCCAUUGCCACCCUCCCCGAUUAAACUCUCCAUCCACCCCCACCACAUUUCACAAGCCAUGCUCCCUUCCUGGUCUCCCUCAAUGAGGAGACCCACCAUGAUGCUGACGUGUCGUAUUAUACAUGGAAAUGGCCCGUUAUUCUCAGUAACUGUUUAUGAUGGAAUGUUUUGUAGUCUGUAAAUGGUUUAUAAAACUGAAAACAAAAAAAAGUACAACAGCUUUCACGGUGCCUAUGUUUUUUUUUUUUUUUUGUUUUUUUUUUUUUUCAGAUAAUUUUCACUUUCAUCUAUUGAUCAUGCCUUCUGCAUUCUUAUCAGUUAUUUUUUAAAUUUGGACCUCUGUUCUUGUAAAGACCAGAGUUUGAACAUUUUUUUUUGUGUCUGGGAGAUAAAAAGAGAAACACAAAUGGUGUUCAGUGUGUUUUUUGAAAGGCAAGGCUCACAAGAUUAAAAUGGUAACAGAGACCAUUUAGUUUCCAUUCAAGUUUCCUCCAGUUUUGUCCCUAGUGUCUGUUGUGCAGUAUGGUACAUUCUGUUUGUUUGCUUGCUUAUUUGGGUUCAUAAAAACCAGUUUGAAACUGCACCAUAGCAUUGAGUAAGGGACGCGAAUGACUCGGAAACGUGUGACCAUGUGAAUACUGAGAUGCUGUCGUAAAGCUUUUCUCAAUUACUUAUUUGUGUAUUUUCAGAAGAGGAGACCAAAGUGGGACCAAAAUAUUAGUCUUCUAGUUUUCAACUUCUUGUGUUUUGUGUUUUUCCUUUUCACCUUUGGUAUUUUAUUUAAAUUUCUGGUUUUUAGAUAUGGGAGGAUACAGUCACCUUGGGCUCAGGAGGCAGGGAGGGACUGUUCAGGGGACAUGAGCAUUUCCUGUUUUGUUUUGUAUGUUCUUAUAGAGGAUUAUGUCAUGUCCAUAGGAUUCAUUAUGCUCUGCUUGGUAAAAGACAAAAAAAAGUGUCCCAUUGUUAUUUGCAGUCUCUUCCUGAUGAAUCUCAUUUUCUCCUAAUGUACCAGUGAAAAGUUAAGCUUCGUUGAGGAGCAGUUACCUUUUUUCUUUCACUUUUUUAUUUGCAAUAAAGUGUGGUGUAUAUACCACUUGUAGACAAGCAUAAAAA